AUGGCUCACGCCCGCAACUUCGCCAGGGACCUGGGCGGCGGCCGCGGCCCGGGUGGAGAACAUAAGCCAUUCACCAUUCUAUUAGAACGAGAAAAUGACACUUUGGGAUUCAAUAUUAUCGGAGGUCGGCCAAAUCAGAAUGGUCAAGAAGAAAUAUCAAGAGAAGGAAUUUAUGUUUCAAAAAUUUUGAAAAAUGGACCUGCUGACAGAGCAGAAGGCUUGGAGGUUCAUGACAAAAUCAUUGAGGUCAAUGGGAAGGAUCUCUCCAAGGCCACCCAUGAAGAGGCAGUGGAAGCUUUCCGAAAUGCCAAGGAACCCAUUGUGGUCCAGGUGCUAAGGCGCACUCCUCUCAGUAAGCCAAUCUAUGGAGCGGCUCCCGAAGUGCAGCUCAUGAAUGCCAGCACUCAGACGGACAUUACCUUUGAGCACAUCAUGGCCCUGGCUAAGCUCAGGCCACCUACCCCUCCGGUGCCAGACAUCUGUCCCUUCCUGCUCUCAGACAGCUGCCAUUCUCUUCACCCGAUGGAGCAUGAAUUUUAUGAGGACAAUGAGUAUAUCUCCAGCUUGCCUGCUGAUGCAGACAGAACAGAGGACUUUGAAUAUGAGGAGGUCGAGUUGUGUCGUGUUAGCAGUCAGGAGAAGCUGGGCCUGACAGUCUGCUACCGCACGGAUGACGAAGAAGACACCGGCAUUUAUGUCAGCCAGGUAGAUCCAAAUAGUAUUGCUGCCAAAGAUGGCCGGAUUCGAGAAGGGGAUCGUAUUUUGCAAAUAAAUGGGGAGGAUGUCCAGAACCGAGAAGAAGCAGUGGCCUUGCUCUCCAGCGAGGAGUGUAGGAGAAUCGUGCUGCUCGUGGCGAGGCCGGAGAUUCAGCUGGACGAAAGCUGGCUGGAAGAUGAAAGGAACGAAUUCUUAGAGGAGUUAAACUUGGAAAUGCUGGAAGAACAGCAUAAUGAAGCAAUGCAGCACACCGCCAAUGAGGUGGAGCAGCCAAAAAAACACGAAGAAGAAGAAGGCACAACAGACACAGCCACAUCCUCGUCCAACAACCAUGAGAAGGACAGCGGAGUGGGCCGCACGGAUGAAAGCUUGCGGAACGAUGAGAGCUCAGAGCAGGAAAAUACGGCUGAGGAUCCCAAAAGCACAUCUUUGAAGAGCAAGAGAGAGCUGGGGCAGAGCCAGGACACCCUGGGGAGCGUGGAGCUCCAGUGCAACGAGAGCUUUGUGUCAGGUGAAUACAUCGACUCAGACUGCCCUGGCAACCAAGACGAGGAGUGUGAACGAUUCCGGCAGCUCCUGGAGCUCAAAUGCAAGAUUCAGAACCACGGAGAGUAUGACCUGUACUACUCGAGCAGCACAAUAGAAUGCAACCCAGGGGAGCAAGAGGGAGUGGAGCAUGAGCUACAGUUGCUGAAUGAAGAGCUAAGGAACAUUGAACUCGAGUGCCAGAAUAUCAUGCAAGCUCACAGGCUCCAGAAGGUAACAGAGCAGUAUGGAGACAUCUGGGCAUUGCAUGAUGGAGGAUUCCGAAAUUACAACACCAGCAUUGAUAUGCAAAGAGGAAAGCUAGAUGACAUCAUUGAGCAUCCAGAAAAGUCAGACAAGGACAGCUCCAGUGCUUACAACACAGCUGAAAGCUGCAGGAGCACCCCACUCACUGUGGACCGUUCCCCCGACAGCUCUCUUCCAAGAAUGAUCAACCUCACCAAUAAGAAAAACCUGAGAAGCACAAUGGCGGCCACUCAGCCCUCUCCUGGACAGAGCAGUAAAGAGUCUCCCUUCCCCAAAGCCAAACCCACUGAAGGUUGUGGCAUUGAAGGCAAGGAGAAGGUCUCAGAAAUCAACAAGCUUUCUGAUCCAGAGAAGACGGGCAGCGAGCACGUCCCUUACCUCUCUCCUUACCACAGCUCCUCAUACAGGUAUGCCAACAUACCAGCCCAUGCCCGGCAUUAUCAGAGCUACAUGCAGUUAAUUCAACAGAAAUCUGCCGUCGAGUAUGCCCAGAGUCAGCUGAGUUUGGUGAGCAUGUGCAAGGAGUCCCAGAAGUGUUCGGAACCCAAGAUGGAAUGGAAGGUGAAGAUUAGGAGCGAUGGGACCCGGUACAUCACAAAGAGACCAGUGCGAGACCGGAUCCUGAAGGAACGUGCCUUAAAGAUCAAGGAGGAGCGGAGCGGCAUGACGACCGAUGAUGACACCAUGAGCGAGAUGAAAAUGGGUCGCUACUGGAGCAAAGAGGAAAGAAAGCAACACCUGGUUCGGGCCAAAGAGCAGCGUCGGCGCAGAGAGUUCAUGAUGCGGAGCCGGUUAGAGUGUCUCAAGGAGAGUCCUCAGAGCGGCAGCGAGGGCAAGAAGGAGAUCAACAUCCUUGAACUGAGUCACAAAAAGAUGAUGAAGAAGAGAAACAAGAAAAUUUUGGACAACUGGAUGACAAUCCAAGAACUGAUGACCCAUGGGGCCAAGUCUCCGGAUGGCACACGAGUUCAUAAUGCCUUUUUGUCAGUCACCACUGUAUGA